GUUAGCGCAAAUGCGCGCGUUGUUCGCGCUGCUGGCUUUGCUAGUUUCAGCAGCCGUUCUUGCAACUGGGCAAGCUAUAGGAGACGAUGGCUCUGGACGCGACCUAAUUGGAUGGCUUGGCGAGACGUUUAACGCCGGAGAGCACCGGGCUCAGGACUCGCGCAUGGUGGUGCUUUCUUGGCACCCGCGCGUGUUCCUCUAUAAGGGCAUUCUGACGCACGAGGAGUGCGACCAGUUGAUGGACAACUCGCGGAGCCGGCUGGAGCGCAGCGGCGUGUCGGACGCCACCACGGGCGCCGGUGCUGUGUCCGACAUCCGCACCAGCAGCGGAAUGUUCUACGAGCGCGGCGAGACGGAGCUGGUGAAGCGGAUAGAGAAUCGGUUGGCCAUGUGGACCAUGUUGCCCGUGGAGAACGGCGAGGGCAUCCAGGUGCUCAGAUACGAGAAGACCCAGAAGUACGACCCCCACCACGACUACUUCUCAUUUGACGGCGCCGAUGAUAACGGCGGCAACCGCAUGGCCACUGUACUCAUGUACCUGGCCACGCCGGAGGAGGGCGGCGAGACCGUGUUCCCCAAGGUUGCGGUGCCGCCGUGGCAGACAGCUGACAACUACAGCAAGUGCGCCAUGCAGGGCCUGGCUGUGAAGCCGGCCAAGGGCGACGCGGUGCUGUUCUGGUCCAUACGCCCCGACGGCCGCUUCGACCCGGGCUCGCUGCACGGCUCCUGCCCCGUCAUCAAGGGAGUCAAGUGGUCAGCGACCAAGUGGAUCCACGUGGGCCACUACGCCAUGUCUGGCGAGCGAUCCGAGACGGUGAAGCGCGUGCAGUACGUGCCGCCGCCGCCGCCCGCCGUGCCCGGAUGCGAGAACCAGCACAAGCUGUGCUCGCACUGGGCCGAGUCCGGCGAGUGCGAGUCCAACCCGGGCUACAUGAUCGGCAAGAAGGGCAUGCCGGGCGCGUGCAUCCUGGCCUGCAACCGCUGCGACGUAAUGUAGGGGGCUGGUGGCAUGUGGUGACCUCGGAUUGGGCUGAAGAUGAGAGACUUGAAGGUCUGGACCUAUGGGUUAGGUUGCGUGUGCUUGCGAGCCCGGCGGCAGCAUGGCAUAGAAGCCUGGCCUGAAGAGGUUGUGAUCUUGUGGGUAGAUAGCUGCUUAGGUGGUUAGUAAGGCUUUACGGUGGGGGGACAUGACGGUGGCGUUCGGGCAACGCGCCUAUCCGUGGGCGGUGAUAUGGAUUAGGCCAAGUGGGCAGGAGUGCGGAAAGCAGGAAAGCAGCAAUUACCCAGGCGUAGUGCAGCAGUUUCUGAGGGCGGUAGCGUCUUUAGCGAGUAGAAGUGAGCUGGUGGCGUAGGCGUGAGCUGGUGGCAACAUGAGUGGAGACCGGAGACGUGAGGUGGUGGCGACGGCGUUGCUGGAAGGCGGCUAAAGAGCUUUGCUGUCAUCACGCUCCGGUCGUGCGCUGGGCUGAUAGCACCACACGCACACCACGAAUCCACGAUACCAUGAAAGCGCGAGAUCCGUGGCCUAGAGUUGUGAGGAGUCUGAGGACCUUCUGACCCGUGGUUUGUAGUUGUGGGGCUGUGCCUGGAACUGCAACUGUGCACCCUGUGCGCACAUAGCAAAAUAAUGACCAUGAUGGGCAUCUGGGCUCAGCACAUAUUCCAGAUUCCAUAAGUUGUGUGCCGACCA